AUGGACUCUUCAACUAUAGCGUUCCUGGCAGUCAUUUUAGCGACAUUUGUCUUGGUCAAAUGGUUACUUCAAUCUGAAUCGCACCCAUCUGCGCGGCAAGCACCUGCCACCGGUUCUGCUACGGGAUCAAGUACCGGUCGUUCGAGAAACGCCACUGCAACUAGAAGACGGCCCAAAAGACCAGUCACGGAAGACAUGAUUGAUGUAGUAAAGAGCCUGGCCCCUACUCUACACAGAGAACAGAUUAAGCACAGCCUAGAGGACACUGGCUCUGUAGAAGAAACGGUAGAGAAAUUCUUGAGAGGCGACGAAUUUGCAUUUCCUCCCGGGUAUUCAGCACAAGACUCAACAGCAGGUUCGGAAACCGUGCAAGCAAACUCUGGAGGUCCGGAAAACUCAGAUCCAAGAAAAAAGAGCAACAUCAAGCCUAAUGACCUUUUGAACAAAUAUAAGGUCGAUAUAAAUGAAGAACUCAGUGGCCUGGAUUACCCCGAACUCAGCAUUGAAGAACGAAAGCGUUUCUUGGUUUGGCAAGCGAGAAAGAAUAUGGAAGAGAAGUUAAAAAAGGAUGAAACCCUGUCUGAGUUACUCAAAUGA